AAAGUGAUAAUGGAGAAAGAUCAGAAGAAAGAGAGAGAUAUGUACGAGAAACGUCAGCACCAGCCACCAUAUGUGUCACAGAUGCAACCGGUGACACACGAAGCUUACGGAGGCGGACUUUAUGGAAUGGACGACGAGAACGAGAAAGAUGGCAAGACUAUAGAGAGAGAUGCAAAAAACAUAGAGAACGAUCCUCAACAGCAUCACCGACCCGCGAGUGAGACACAGAGCGCAGAAGGGCCUGACGAGGCAAACAAGACGAAGCCAAAACACAAGCCACCACCUUCUUCAGGUGAUCGAGACGUUGACAUUACUGGCCAGUCAUACAUUCAAUGAUGACUACUAAUGAAUCAUGAAAAAAGUUUAGUUAUAUUUGUGUGUGUUUGUAAUGGCUUUUGUAGUUACUUUGUUUCAUGGUCUUUUCUUAGAGCGAGCAAGUUGUAAAAGACAUCUAUGUAUCAUAUGAUAAACGAAAUAAACAUAGAAACACUCAGAAGUCAGAACAUAUAUUUGGACCUGAGCAUUAAA